CCUGCAGCGCGCACCGUUGCCUUCUUGCAGUUGAUUGACGUGUCCAACAUUUUGGCCGAGGCAAUCCGUAGGACCCACAAUGGAGAAUCCGUCUCCUUCCUGUUCAACUCUGUCCCUCUCUAGAUGCUGGUUGAUGUUUGAUGAUGGGUGCUACAGUUGAUGAUGAGUUGAUGGUGAUGAUGAUGAGUCGGAUAGGUGUAUUGAUAUCUCCUUGGUGUUUGCCGAAGCAAUACGGAGGACCCACAACGGAGAGAGCGUUUCGUACUUGUUUAGUAAUGUUCCAUAUCACUAGGACUCAUCCUUGUACAUAACUACUUGUGUGGUCAAAGCACUGUUGUACCAUCAUGCUACAUAUGUUUAUUAAUGUUGGAGUAUGAAUGGUACUGGUGCCUAAAUUGUCUUUUUUUUUUUUUUUUUUUUUUUUCUCUCUCUCUCUCUCCUCACAUGUGUAUUAUAUACAGGAUAUAUAGAUCAACAAAAACUGAUAAAAAAAAAAAAAUAUAUAUAGGAUAAAGGAAUAAGAAUCCCAUCUCCCAAUUGGCAUAUGUAGGAGUGCCUAUUUUUAUACCGCAUCAGGCCUGUGAGUAAUAUAUUAAUGUAAUGUAAUGCCUUAUACUAAAUGAUUAAUAAUUAAUCACACCCAUUUCUCUCCCUUGAUGCAGAUGCAAAGGGACAAGUUGAAGAAAUAAAAGAUAUCUUUUGUUAUAUUGUCUAAAUAUGUUUUGAGAGCAUAUAUAUAUUUUCAAUAAAUUUCCCAAAUUUUUGUAUUUCAAAGAUAUUGACUCGCUGCCCUGUCCUUACCCGAGUGUGCUUGGUUCCGGAAGCUGAAAAUUUAUGAGUGUGAGUGUGGGUUACCUGGAGCAGUUAGUUGCUGUUGCUAUGGUGAAUGAAGUACAGAUGAUAAACAAGAGUAAUGAUCUAAGAAGCAUGCAUGUACACACCAUUUAAUACUACAUACACAGGCACACACAGACAUCAGUUGGCAAACGCAUGCAUACAUUCUCAGGCACAUGUAUCAAAGGGUACUUACAUGUGUCCCCACAGAUAUACAAUUGCAACCACACAAACACACACACAUAUCCCUGAAGAUGUAUACACUUGUCCCACAAACAGACAUAUGUCUCCACAGUUGCAUGCGCAUGUCUCACCACACACACAUCUUUGCAGAUGUGUACACACCUCCAGAGAUACAUGCAUGUGUCUCAAUGCACACAUUCACAUAGAGGGGCACACACACGUCUCUACAGGGGCAUGCAUGAACAUAUCUGCAGGCACGCACAUCUCUACAACCACACAGGCAUUCCUGGAGAUGUGCAUUUGAUCAUUCAGGCACAUAUAGGCAUCCCCACAGACACAUGCAGGCUUGCCAACAGUGCAUAUUCAUUGACACACAGCAGUACAUGCAUACAUACAUUAAUUACCUGCAUAUUCACACACUGGUAACCUUGCACAGAACAUGCACACAUGCAUGUAGGAUGCACACAUGCAACGAGAGGGAGUGUGCUCAUGCAUGCAUGUAGAGCUGCACAGGCACAUGCACAUGCAUGCUUGUAAAGUUUCACAAGCUCAUGCACACCUGGCUGCACAGGCAAAUGCACGCAGUACAGGCACAGGCACCUACAUGCAGAAUUGCACAGGAACAUGCAUGCAGAAUUGCACAGGCACAGGCAUGCAGCUCAGGCACCUACAUGCAGAGUUGCACAUGCACGCAGCACAGGAACAGGCACAGGCAUAUGCACAGGCAUGCAACACAGAUGCAGGCACAGGUAUGCAGCACAGGCACACAGCACAGGUAUGCAGCACAGGCACGCAGCACAGGCACGCAGCACAGGCACGCAGCACAGGCACGCAGCACAGGCACGCAGCACAGGCACGCAGCACAGGCACGCAGCACAGGCACGCAGCACAGGCACGCAGCACAGGCACGCAGCACAGGCACGCAGCACAGGCACGCAGCACAGGCACGCAGCACAGGCACGCAGCACAGGCACGCAGCACAGGCACGCAGCACAGGCACGCAGCACAGGCACGCAGCACAGGCACGCAGCACAGGCACGCAGCACAGGCACGCAGCACAGGCACGGGCACAGGCACAGGCACGCUGCACAGGAACAUGCACACAGCACAGACACGUAGCACAGGCACAGGCACAGGCACAGGCAUAUGCUCAGGCAUAUGCACAGGCACAUGCACCCAGCACAUGCACCCAGCACAUGCACCCAGCACAGGCACCCAGCACAGGCACCCAGCACAGGCACCCAGCACAGGCACCCAGCACAGGCACGCGCACCCAGCACAUGCACCCAGCACAUGCACCCAGCACAGGCACCCAGCACAGGCACCCAGCACAGGCACCCAGCACAGGCACCCAGCACAGGCACCCAGCACAGGCACCCAGCACAGGCACCCAGCACAGGCACCCAGCACAGGCACCCAGCACAGGCACCCAGCACAGGCACCCAGCACAGGCACCCAGCACAGGCACCCAGCACAGGCACCCAGAACAGGCACCCAGCACAGGCACCCAGCACAGGCACCCAGCACAGGCACCCAGCACAGGCACCCAGCACAGGCACCCAGCACAGGCACCCAGCACAGGCACCCAGCACAGGCACCCAGCACAGGCACCCAGCACAGGCACCCAGCACAGGCACCCAGCACAGGCACAUGCACGCAGCAAGGCACAUGCACGCAGCACAGGGACAGGCACAAGCACAGGCGAAGGCACUUGCACAUGCAUGUAAGGACAUGCAAGCUGAUGGUGCACAUGGAAGCAUGUGGGCCAGACAAGCACAUGUUGGCACAUAGACAGUGGUGCACAGCUGACGCAGGCAUGUGUUAUAGGACAAUGGUUGUCUCGUUCCACACAUUCUGUUGUCCUGUCUACGCUUUCCUGCAGCCCGAACUUCUGCUUUCCCUCCCCUAUCCUCCCUUCGCCGACCUCCCAACCUGCCAGACAUCCUUAAGGAAUCCCACACUUUCCGCUUAG